AUGUUCAAGGAUCUCCGUGUUAUCGGUGUCGGUGCACGUGCCUCUUUGCAGCCUACCAUCGGUUCUAUGUUUAAUCCUGCCGCCAUCUUGAGAAACAUUUCGGCGAUGCGCAACCCGCCUGUCAGGGAUAUUCUCUCAGGAUUCGAGGGUGUCGUUGCACCUGGUGAAAUGCUUCUGGUUCUCGGACGACCCGGUUCCGGUUGCAGCACGUUCCUUAAGACUAUUGCAAAUCAGCGUGCCGAAUACCAUGCUAUACAGGGCGAAGUAUGCUAUGACUCCUUCACCCCCGAAGAUAUCGCAAGACAGUAUCGUGGAGAUGUGAUCUACUGUCCUGAGGAUGAUGUCCACUUUCCGACUUUGACUGUGGAGCAAACCUUGUCUUUCGCCAUCAAAACGCGUACUCCACAUGCUCGGUUCACAGACCAAACCCGUGAACAGUUUAAUCGUGAUGUAGUUGACAUCCUCGUGCGCAUCUUCGGUCUUCGUCAUGCCCGACACACUGUUGUCGGUGAUGCUGCCAUUCGUGGUGUUUCAGGAGGCGAAAAGAAACGUGUCUCCAUUGCGGAAGCACUGUCUUGCCGUGCCCUCAUUGGCGCGUGGGAUAACUCUACUCGUGGUCUCGACGCGUCCACUGCACUUGAGUUUGUUCAGGCCCUACGUAUCGGCACGGAUAUAGGUCGUCUUACCACUAUUGUGUCUAUUUACCAAGCAGGAGAGCAGCUUUAUGACCUCUUCGACAAAGUAUGCGUCAUUGCAGAGGGCAAGAUGGCGUACUUUGGCUCAGCUAAGGAGGCGCGUCAGUACUUCAUUGAUAUGGGAUAUGAGCCGCAAGACAGGCAGACCACUGCUGACUUCCUUGUGUCUGUGACCAAUCCAAGCGGGCGAAAGAUUCGUGACGGUUUCGAGGGCAAAGUUCCCAGAACGUCGGAGGAGAUGGCUGCUAUGUUCCUAGCUUCUUCUCUUGGUCAGACAAACCGCGACUCCAUUGAGAAUUACCGCUCCCACAAUGUCGGGAAGCCCGAGCGCAUAGAUGCAUACAGGCAGAGUGCCAUAAUGGAGCACGCCGACACGGCUCCCAAGGCACACUCGUAUACGAUCUCUAUUCCUAUGCAGGUUAGAGCCGUCAUGAUGCGCCGCGUGCAAAUUAUCAAGGGAGAUUGGGGCACUGUAGUCGUCAAUCUUGCUGUGCAAAUCUUCCAGUCCAUCAUCAUGGGUACUGUGUUCUUGAAGCUCCCUGAUGCAACCUCUGGCUUCUUUUCUCGGGGUGGUGUCUUGUUCUUUGCUCUCUUCUUCGGUGCUCUAUCGUCCAUGGCAGAAAUCCCGGCUCUCUUCGCUCAGCGUCCAAUUGUGCUCCGGCACCAUAAGGCAGCGAUGUACUACCCGUUCAUUGAAAGUUUCGCACAUACAAUGGUCGAUAUCCCGUUCACAUUCGUUAUUCAAGCUGUGUUCGUGGUUAUUCUAUAUCUCCUGGUCGACCUUCAGAGAACAGCAUCUCAAUUUUUCAUCUUCUUCCUCUUCGUGUUUGCUAUGACUACCACUAUGAAGGCAUUCUUUAGAAUGGUUGCUGCGUGCUUUAAGACUGAAUCUGCGGCCACGUCUCUUGCUGGUGUCGUGGUGGUAGUAGUGGCGCUCUUUACUGGUUAUACGAUUCCCAAACCCGACAUUCCAGCUGCUCUCCGCUGGAUUAUGUAUAUCAACCCCGUGCGCUAUGGUUUCGAGGCUCUGCUGACGAACGAGUUCCACACUCUGAACGGCACCUGCUCAAUGCUUGUUCCCUCAGGCCCAGCUUAUCCAAAUGUUUCGUUGGCUAACCAAGUGUGCUCUACGGUCGGUGCCCAGCCGGGUCAAAAUUAUGUCGACGGGAAUCUCUUCACGGAAUUGUCUUAUGAUUACUACUACAGCAACCUUUGGAGGGACUUUGGUGUCGUCUGUGUUUUCUUCGUUGGCUUCCUCGUUAUUCUGUUGACUGCGACCGAGUUCAACACCGCUUCUGCAUUUGACACCGCUGUGACGCUUUUCAAGCAGGGUACCCGCGCUGCUGAGGCUGUUGAUGAGUCUAAGGACGAGGAGAAAGGUGCUCAUCCUGAGCCUGCUGGAUCUUCGAGCACGGAUGCCAGCCCUGCAGAACUCGAUAGACCCUCGGCAAUGGACAUCUUCACUUGGAGGCAUUUGCAAUACACGGUUCCUAUCUCCGGAGGAACACAACGUCGGCUCUUGGACGAUAUUUCUGGCUUUGUCGCUCCCGGAAAACUGACAGCCCUCAUGGGUGAAUCGGGAGCUGGAAAGACUACACUUCUCAACGUCUUGGCACAGCGUGUUGAUGUCGGUGUCGUGACUGGUGAUCGUUUGGUCAGUGGUCAACCACUCCCUGCGGACUUCCAGGCACAAACCGGCUACUGCCAGCAAAUGGACACUCACCUUCCACAAUCCACCGUUCGAGAGGCUCUGCUGUUUUCAGCCCACCUUCGCCAGCCCCAGACAGUUCCUAUGGCCGAGUUGGCAGAAUAUGUCGACAAGUGUCUCGUCAUGUGCGGCCUCGAGGAUUAUGCUGAUGCCGUUGUCGGGUCUUUGGGCGUCGAGCACCGCAAACGUACGACUAUUGGCGUUGAGCUCGCUGCUAAGCCUAAACUUCUCUUAUUCUUGGACGAGCCUACUUCUGGUCUUGACUCUCAGUCCGCCUGGGCCAUCAUGAAGUUCCUUCGCGAGCUUGCCAACAACGGCCAAGCCAUCCUCUGCACCAUUCAUCAACCUUCUGGAGAGCUGUUCCAAGUCUUUGACCGUCUCUUGCUUCUCAAGAAGGGAGGUCAGACUGUGUACUUCGGUGACAUCGGCGAAGGGUCUUCUACCAUGCUUGAUUACUUUGAGCGCAACGGUGCCUCUCGAUGCCAUCCUGAUGCUAACCCGGCCGAGUACAUGCUUGAUGUCAUUGGCGCAGGUGCAACAGCGUCGACCUCGGUCGACUGGCACUCCAUCUGGAAGAAUUCACCUGAGGCUGCUACACUCCAAGAGGAGAUUGAGAACAUCCACAAUGAAAGCCGCGCUCGCCCCGUCGUUCAAGCAGCGCGGCCUACCGAGUUUGCGACGUCGUGGUAUCACCAGCUCGUAGCCCUGACCCAGCGUAACUUCCAGGCAUACUGGCGGGAUCCAACCUACAUUAUAGCCAAGUUCGCGCUUUGCAUUGCUGGAGGGUUACUUAUUGGCUUCACGUUCUAUAAGACCAGCGAUUCGCUCCAGGGUACCCAGAACAAGCUCUUUGCGAUCUUUUUAGCCUCAGUACUCUGUGUUCCCCUCUCGCAACAGCUUCAGGCAAUGUUCAUCAACAUUCGGACUGUCUAUGAAAUUAGAGAACGCCCAAGCAGGAUGUACAACUGGACCGCUCUCAUUGUCAGCCAAAUUCUGGUCGAGCUCCCAUGGAACAUUAUGUGCUCGUCGGUCUUCUUUGUUUGCUGGUACUGGACUGUUGGGUUCCCCAACGAUCGUGCGGGAUACACAUACCUCAUGUAUGGUGUCGUAUUCCCCAUGUACUACACAACUGUCGCACAGGCGGUCGCUUCCAUGGCUCCAACCGCUGUGAUCGCGUCACUUCUGUUCAGUGCGCUGUUUUCGUUUGUUGUCAUCUUCAACGGUGUCUUACAACCAUUCCGUGCUCUCGGUUGGUGGCAGUGGAUGUACCGUGUCUCCCCUUUCACUUACUUCAUCGAGGGUCUGCUUGGUCAAGCUAUUGGUGGCAAUGAUAUUAACUGCGCUCAGCAUGAGUUCGUCCCUGUCAUCCCUCCCAGUGGAUCCACUUGCUCCGAAUACUUGAAUCCAUUCAUGGAAUAUGCUGGCGGUUACCUCGCCGACCCCAGCGCCACGUCCACGUGUUUAUUCUGCCCUUAUCGCACGACCGACGACUAUAUGUUCGCCGCAUUUAACAUCGAGGCUUCUCACCACUGGCGCGACUUGGGCAUCAUGCUUGGUAUUACCGUUUUCAACGUUUGUGCAAUUUUCACGCUCACGUACAUCUGCCGCAUCCGCAAGGGUAACCCCCUAGCCGGUCUGCAGCAGAAGCUUGCUAGUCUCCGGAAGUAA